AACAAUAUGAGAAUCGAAUUUCUAAAAUUUAAUUAAUGUAUAUACGGUAAAAUAAAUUUUUAUUUUAUAAAUAAAAUAUUUAAAAAUAGAAAAAACUAAAAAAAGAAAUAUUUUGUAAAUUAAUAACUAUAUAAAUUAAUAAAAUAACAUACUUCCAAUAUUAUUAAUUUAUAGAAUUUUUACUGUAUGUAGUGAACCUUCUCAAUACGGAUACAUAGUCUUACGAUCUUGAUUUAUCAUAGAAAAUUGUACGUUGAUGUAACUGAAGUGAGUUGACUCUGCUUCUUGACUUGGGUACACACAUUACUCAAUCGAUCGUAGAUGCUGAAGUCAAAACCAAGUGUAUAUAAAAAUCGCAUCAAGUAAUCGUUAAUUGUUAUCUUCCAUUUUGUCACUUUUCAAGAAAGAUAAUCAGUGUUUACCCAUAUUUCAUUAAUUCAGUGAAUUCCCACUAUCUCAAACUUUUUUUUGUCUUUUACAUAUGUCAACUUGAACAGAAAAAGGCAAUAGGAGUUGAUUCGUUAAAAUUCAAAUGAUACAAGAAUUCUCAUAGUGUACAAAUUAUAAAAGUAUUCACGCUGAUGAAGCACUUAACUAGGCUAUUAUAAUACCUCAACUAAGUGCUUGAAAUAACGCUAUAGUUGGUUAAAUUGUGAACUGUAAUUUGUAUUUUGGAGGAAUUGCGCCUUCACAUACUGUGAUGCGUUUAUUUGUCCACUUCGCUAAAAAUGUUGCAAAGAUUCGGUGUUGGAUUUUCCAAAUUUCAUAAAGCCUGUGUUACCGUUAGAGAAGUGAAGGUCGCUCUCUAUGCAUGUUGAAAACGAAAGCUACAAUCAACAACUUACCCCUUCAAUGGGAGGGAGAGCUACUACGCCCAAUUCCAAAUCGUGGCCUGAAUCUAUAUUGUUUAUGUUUUUAUGCAUUUUACUAAUUUUUAUAUAUUUUUCGGAAAAUGAUAGCAAAUUAGGAUAAUUUUAUUCUUCUUUGUUUUUCAGUAAGUCAACAAUUAUGUUCUUUUGUACAUUUUAAGGAUGAAUUUUUUUUAUUUUAUACAUUUAAUGAUAUUUUUGGAGUUUAGCUAAAAAGAACUAUAAGGCUUCAGUUGGUGACCAGAAAAAUGAAUGAAAUGAAAAUAAAAAUGUUGAACAAAAUUCCAUUUAAGGAAUUGAAUUGAAAAAAAAAAAUAUGGAGAAAUGUUUGUUCCUCAUCAAAUUUAGAUGUGGAAAAUACUCUUCAUUAAUUCAUCAAUAUAUGAGGAACAUAGAUGAAUAUGGUGGGGUCCAUAUAUUUUUAAUUUGACAAAAAAAUCAACUUAAUUUGUAUCAAUUUUGAGAAACAACAAAUUCAUCAUCAUUUUUUCCCUAAAUUAUGGUCACCAAUUGAAGCUUAAAAAUGUUUAUUAACGGGAUAUCUAGAUAAUCGAUCUUAAUCCAAUGGUCAAGAUUAAAGAUAUAUAUCAAUAUAUUACAAUCAAAAACUUAUCAUGAUAUAUAAUAUCUCAUAUUAGUUUAGAAAUUAGGUUUAGUUAAGUAUAUGCAUAUUGUAGUUUAUAUGUUAGAUCUCCCAAUAUUUACCAAAAGGAAAAAUAAAUUAUAAAUGAAAAUGCAGCUAUUAUGGACAAAUGUUGUUCAUUUCGUUGUUUAAUUAUUUUAUUAUGAGAUGAUGAGUUUGAUUAGGGGAAUCAAUAAACAUAGGUUUAAGCAGCUUAUCAAAGUUGUGUUGCAGCCUAUGAAGAGACAACGCUGCGAUCAAGAGAGCCACAUGUUUACUAAUCAUUUAGCAAUUGAAUUUAUUAAUAUGUUCGAAAUAUCAAACUGCGCAUAGUUCGUGGGAAUUUGGAAAAUAAGAUAAUGAAUGCAACGAUGGCCACACGACAGGUGAGGGUCCGACAGAAUCUUUAUAGAAAUUAUGAAUUACUAGACUAGAUGCAAAUGGGUUGACCCUUCCCACUGAGCUGGGAAAUCUUACCUUUUUAGUUUAUAUAAUUUAAAAGUCACUUAAAUAUCCAAUCAUGAGAAUGAUUAACAAAGUUAAAAUCAGAAAGUGGGAGCUAAUCAAAAAUAGGGACGUCGUUAGGCUUCUUAUUGCAUGCAACUGUGUAACAAUAGCGAUCUUGUUACCCAAAUGUGAGAUUUCACUUCCGUUGUCUCUUUCGCGAUUUUCUCUUCCAGACAAGACAUCCCUCUCCCAUCUCCUUUUUUUUGUAGUAUUGUUUUCCAUUCACAUACUCUGCCUUUAAAAUUUAAUAACAUUUUGAAUCAAAAAGCGAUACUGCAAAAAUUAGUUCAAAAUAGUCUCUUUGUUUCUAAAUAAGUAUCAUUUUGACAUUUUUUACACAUAUUAAAAAGGUGACAGAAAUAUAUGUAAGUUGUUAUUAAUUAUACAUUUUUGACCAAUAUUAUUUGAAAUAAAUAAAAUUAUUUAUAAAAUCAAUGCAGUUUUCAAUUAAUUUUCAGCUGGAAGUAAAUAUAAUUUGGAUUGGAAUUGUAAAGUGACAUUUUUUUGUAACAAGAAAAAAAAAGUUCAAAUGACACUUAUUAUGAAACAGAUGAAAUAUAUAACUGUGUAGCUUUAGCUUUAACCUUCAGGUAAUUAAAACAUACUAAAAUAAAAAUAUAAGCCAUUGAUACAUCAUCAGUUGAAGUUUCUUUAGUACAAUUAUUUAUAUUUAUCGUCUUUUCAACUAAAAUAAUCCAUAUUAAGUAAUAUAAUUGUUAGCAACAAAAAAAUAUGAUUAUAUUAUAUUAAACUAUCAAGGAACACAAAAUUUCGUAACCCAAAAAAAAAUCUUAGUUUUCCUAGAAGACAGUCAUAUUUAAAUUUACUAGGAAUUUGUGUGUUUAUAUUUUUCUUUUUAGUUGUUGUAUUCUUUAUUCAUAUGUUUGUGUGUUUUUCUUCGGUGUUUUAGUUAGGCUUCGGAAAUUAGGCAUCCUCCUCACUAGGCUUCUAAUUGAACUUAAUUCUUCAACGUGACUGGGCUUUUAGUUUUAGGCCCAUUAAAAAUUAACUUUAAAGAACCGCGUUGACUUCUGAUCUCAAAAGACAUACUAUUUGAUUGCGAAAAAGUUAACCUGGGGAGAGGCAUGGCUCAUACCUCAGGGAGUCAGUGUACUAGUGUAGUAUCAACUAUCAAGCGUGACUUUUUAUCAUCAGAUAUUUUUUUGAAAACUUAUAGUAUUAGACAAAUUGAGUUUUAUUUAGUAGACAAAAAAGAAAGCCUACCAGGAUUGUAAAAGAGUAUGUCUAUAGUAUAUUAUAUACUCACUCAAACAUAUAUUUCUAUACCUAUUAAAGAAAAAUAUAUAUUUCUAUACCUACUUAGUAUUUUUAUUGUUGUUUUGAAUGGCAUGACGCAUACCUUGUAUGUCUCUUGAAAGAAAUUAGCAGGUAAGAACUUCAGUGUCGUGAGUUCUUUACUUUAAAAUAGCACUGAUUGUGUGAAGAUUAAUAUACCUAGAAAAUGAAUUGAUUCAACUUUACUUGUAUGUGUAUUAACAUGUGUCCAUUGAUGAGGUACAUAGUCGUUGACAAAAUACUAACAAACAAGUUGACAAAAAAUAAAAUCAAAUAAAAAUGAGAAGACAUGCAACUAUAUGUCAUCAAACAUAUUUAAACCAGUCAUUCGUAUUCAUCUUUCUUGUCAUCACUCUAUCAUUUACUUGCUAAAAGAUUCUUUUCAGAAAAGAAUUUGGCAUUAUACAUGCUUGUGAUUAGUCGGAUCAACUACCAGUUCUGGGGGAGUACCAAGUGAUUUUAACGUGAUCCCACAUCAAUUACAUUUAAAACAUAGUCUCUUGUGUUAGUCUUCUCUCUCAGACCAAAAAUAAGUAACCAUCUCCAUAUUUUGUCACUAUUUAUACCCUUUUCUCAGGACAUCUCAACACUCAUUUUCGAACAGAAGAAAAUAUACACAAUGGCUGUCAAUUACGAGGACCAAGCCACAUUGUUCAACUUCGUUGUCAAACAAGGUAAUGGUGUGAAGGGUCUGAUAGACUCUGGCAUGUCUUGUGUUCCACAGCCUUUCGUCCAACCUCUCUCUGAGCGAAUCGCGACCCCACAUGCCCGUACGUGUGAAGCUGCCCAGCCAAUCGAUCUUUCCCAGCUAGACGGUCCACGCCACAAGGAGGUGUCCAAACAGAUCACUGAAGCUGCUGCGACACUGGGCUUCUUCCAGGUGGUGAACCAUGGUGUUUCGGUGGAGCUGCUUGAAUUGCUAAAAACGUCGGCUCAUAAGUUUUUUGCACAACCUCCUGAGAAGAAGGCUAUUUACCUAAAAGAAGUGAGUCCAAGCAAGCUAGUUAAGUACGGAACGAGCUUCGUACCAGAGAAAGAGAAGGCCAUUGAGUGGAAGGAUUAUGUGAGCAUGCUUUACACCAAUGACCACGAGGUUCUUCAACACUGGCCUCCACAAUGCAGGUAUAUAUUGUAUAUGUGUGACCGAGAGGUGGCACUUGAUUUCCUAAAAUCAUCUAUGGCAAUGGUGGAAAGAGUAGUUGAAGUUUUGAUGGAGGAUGUAGGAGUGAGACUCGAAGAAGAGAGAAUGAACCGUUUGAUGGGGACUAAGAUGGUCAACAUGAACUACUACCCAACCUGUCCUAGCCCCGAGCUCACCAUAGGCGUCGGUCGUCACUCGGACAUGGGAAUGCUGACCGUUUUAUUACAAGAUGGCAUUGGUGGUCUCUACGUUAAACUAGACAACGGUGACUGGGCCGAGAUCCCUCCUCUCGAUGGAGCUUUAGUCAUUAAUGUUGGCGAUACUUUGCAGAUUCUAAGCAAUGGGAAGUACAAAAGUGCUGAACAUAGGGUUCGAACCACAAACUUUGGAUCGAGAGUCUCCGUACCAAUUUUUACCGCACCUAAUCCCUCGGAGAAGAUAGGUCCGUUGCCGGAAGUGGUGAAGCAUGAUGGGGUGGCUCGUUACAAAGAACUGUUAUUUCAAGACUACAUGAACAACUUUUUCGGCCAACCACAUGACGGCAAGAAAUCUCUCGACUUUGCUCGUGCCGAUUGAUAUAUUCUAUUAUCACUUUUAUCAGUUUCUACGUGCCAAAUUAACUAAAAUGUGCGACGUUGUUUCUUUUUUAUGUUUGUUCGAACCUAAUAAAUAAAUGCUUCCUUCUUCGUUUGCACUCCAUAAAACGUGACGCAACUUUAUGAAUUUUUCAUGCAUAUUAGCUGCAUGGUUGAGUCUUCUAAACCAAAAUUUCUAAGUGCUAGUCUGACCUAACUAAUGUUUAUCGGGAAAACUGCCAAAUAAAUUCCCAACUUUUAAAAUUAGGCCAAUAAAAGCCUCAACUAAUUAGCAAGCCUUUUAAAUCCCAUAUUUUAAAAACUUUCCCAUUUAAAUCCCAAGUUUCUGUUGACCAAGCUAUUUAACACACUUUAAAAGUCAAUUGUUAAAAACAUAUUAACACCGUCAGAUAUUAAAACUACAUUGACCUAAACAUAAACUUUCUUAAAAAAAUAAUUGCAAAUAUCCUUACUUAGUUGGAUAUUAUGAACGAGAACACAACCAGCUUUCAAGCCAAAGCAAAAGAGGAACAUAUAUACAUCAUCAUCACAAUCAGGUGGGACCUCACGGCUAUGUUCUAGUGAUCUAACAUAACACAACUGAAGUUAAUGUAGCUACAUUGUCUUUGAAUUUGAAUGUGAGUUAAAAGACUGUAAACUGUAAUGUUUUUAUUUUGAGCAACACUUACGCAAUGUUUAACUACAGCUUAACAUAUUUCAAUACGAAGAGAAAAUUGACCAGAAACGCAAACAAUAAAAGACCAUGAACCCAUAUUCAAAAGAAUAGCCAAAAAGGCUUCUGUGUCAGAACCUCACGAACACACAAGUAAUCAAAAAGACUUUUGUUCUCUUAUCAAAACAUAAGUUUGGCACUGAUGAGAAGAAUUUUGAUUUGGGAAAAAAAAUCUCUAAUUUUGGAAAUUAGGGCUUGAGAAUUGGGGAUUUAAGGAGAGUUUCAUUAGGCUAAAACGAUGUAAUCUCCAUGUUUAACGUUGUUAAUAUAUUUUUAACAGUUGACUUUUAAAAUGCGUUAAAUGGCUUGGUCAAAGUAAAUUCGGGAUUUAAAUGGGAAAAUUUCAAAAGUAUGGGAUUUAAAAGGCUUACUAAUUAGUUGAGGCUCUUAUUGGCUUAAUUUUGAAAGUUGAGGAUUUAUUUGGCUUUUUUCCCAAUGUUUAUCAUAUGAUUUUAUUUCCCCUUGGAAGGAUUUCCAAUUUAUAUAUCAAGACUUAUCUUCUCAUUUAUUUAAAUUUUUAUUUUUUGAGAAAGGGUUCUUUUAAUUAAUUUGAACUUACUGUUUCCAUUUUUCAUUCGUUUAAUGGCAUACUAUAUUUUCGGUUUAGACGUCUAGCCGGUUCUAUCUUAGAUCGUACACAAUCUUUAUUUGACUAUAAAAAAGGAAACGACAAUUAUAUUGAGAACUACUAGAUCGUUUUAUAGAUGCGAAAUGUAUGGUACUUUUUUAAGGAAGUCGGUCUGGCAUAAGCGGUAAAGUUCUAAACUUUUCUAAUUAUGACGUGGGUGUGUUUAAUUUGAUUAAUUUCAAACAUUGUGACGUUGGACGUUUUACAGAAUUUCAAAUCUCGUGCGAUUGGGGUAAUUGGUUGGGUUGUAGGAAGUGGCUUUAGCUUUAAUUUUCAUCUACAAUCUUAAAUACUAUUAAUCGUGUUUUAUCUUAGUUUUUAAAGGUACAACCAAAAAAUUAAAACUACAGCAAAAACACAUAAAAAAUGGUUGUAAAAAUCUUAUUUUCUAAAACCUCAUUUUUUUUAGUUAUAGGAAAUUUUAAAGCUACAUCACUUAAAGCUAAAUAAAAAAUCCUACAGAUGAAAUGGUAAAGUAAAUUUUCUACAGUUACAACCCAACCAAUCACCUCAUUUUUUUAGCUGUAGAAAAUUUUAAAACUACAUCACUUAAAGCUAAAUCAAAAAUCCUACAGAUAAAAUG